CUGGGCAAAGAGCAUCUGUUCCCUCCAUUCUCCUAGCUCCAUCGGCUGCCAACCUAGGGCCAUCGCCUGCCUCCAUCACCCCUUCGCCUGCCUGCCUACCACCCAAUCCCAAAUGGGUACUGGAUCAGGUGCCGAAUCUGGCUGCCUCCUCGGGUACCAGUCACUGCAUUGCUGUGUGUCUGCCACCGCUGCCUGGCACUCAUGGGGCCGUGUGUGUGUGUAUGUGUGUGUGCGCGCAUGUACAUGUACGCGUAUGCAUGUAUUGUAUGUGAGCCUCCUGGGCAUGGGUGGGGGUUGGCAAUGCAGUUGCCACUGUAGCAUCCAACUAGAAGGACAGAAGGAUGGAGUGGAAGAAGGAGGGGAGAGGUGUGGGACCUUGGAGGAGAGGCGAGGGUGCAUGAGUUGCUUCAUGCUGUCUGAAUGCACGCAUUGGUACUGCAGCUGCCACCCUUGUGCCCAUGGAGAUGGGAGGGGAUGAGUGGAGGGGGCAGCGACAGGAGUCCUUGUGCUCGGGGAGGAAGGUGCGGCACACAAGAGCUGUUGGCAUCACAACUGUUGGGCUUGUGCCCAGGUCUGGAGUUAUGGGGACCAGAGGGGCGAGGCGGUAGAGAGGGGAUGUGCUGCCGCCGCUGUCCCUCCAGAAUGAGCUCUGAGAAGUGUUGGACUGGGAAGGAGUUCUCUCUGUUCCAGUCUGGGGAGUGGGGUGAAGAGAGUAGAUGAGAAAGAGCCCAGAACGAAUGAGAGAGGCAGGAGGAGGCUGUACCACUACUACCCAGGGAGAACGUGUUUGGGCUGGCAGUGUGGCCUUUUGAGAGGACACUGGGGAAGACAGCAGGGAAGCUGGGGUGUGAGGGAAGCUGGCACUGCCCAUGGAGCCUGGCAUGGCUCUGGUGUUGUCAGUGCCCCCUCUGAUUUGGUUGAGGAGGUUGCUGUGCCAGGAGUUAGGUGGAGAGAUAAAGGAUGCUUUCUUUGGGAGAAUAGACUCCUUUCUGCCAGGCCCUCCUUCCCAUUCCCUCUUAGGCAUGGAGAGCUGAAUGGCAGACGGAGUACCCCGUGAGGACACAAUGGAGGAAGCCUGCCAUGGCUAAGACCCCCAAGGAAGAAGAGUGGUGAGCCCUGCUGGCCUCCAGCCAUUCCCCCGCGGAAGCUGGCGGUAUCCUUUAGCCUGGUCUGUAUGUACUGUUAUUGCAGGUGUUCACGGAGGGAAGAGUUUGCAUGUAACACUGGGCUGUGUGAUGGGAAGGGUAGCCUUUUGUGGCUCCCAUUUGUACUGUCCCCUCUUACAAGUGUGGCGGAUUUUUCUCCCUGGUGCCUCCCUCUCCUUCCCCUCUCUCUGCCUCCCCCGCUUUUCAUCAUCACCAUCUGGGUCCUACUGCUUGGCACCCAACCAAGUAGAUGCUGCCACAAUUGGCAGUAUUGCAUUGGCAUGUGACCAGUGACUCAGAGUCUGGCACUGCGGCAAACCCAAAGCCGCCAAACUUGUUCAAGAUACUGCUUGGCGGCAAUGAGGGAGAGGGGCCGUGUGCAUGGCGGUGCCAGGCUGGGUGGAGCUCCAAGUUGGGAAACGGCAUAUGAGGUACCCUUCACAGACGGACUGAAGCCCCAUUCGCUAUUCUCACCUCUGCUGCUCUCUGAACGUGACUCUCACGUCUUUCUAACCCCAAGAAGGGGAUGUAAAUGGCACUAUACUGUUUUUGAGCAGCUAGGCAAAGGAAUCUGGAGUACAGAGGGAUGGGGACAUUGUCUACAGCCACAUCUGAAGCCAGUGGCUGUGGACUUGUCUGGGCAGCUAGGACAGGAAAUAAAAAGGCAGGGUAAAAAGGCCCGGACAGAGACUUGGCAGCUAAGCGGUUACUCAGACAGUCCCAAAAAGAGUGGAAGGAGACCUCAGGCUUGGCUGUUAGGGAGUGACUGGGUUUUACCUGUGUAUUUCCUGCUGAUCUCUGCUUGAGAUGAACUAGUCCCCUGUCCUUUGGAAGAAUGAGAAGCACUCUAGAACUGGAGAGGUGAGACAUAGGUAGACAGGAUACCCGAGACUUCUACAAAGACUGAGAUUUUUUGGUUAGGGAUUUCCCAGUGGCACCCCAAAUAGGACCAGACUAACUUCUGUUUUUGAAAUCUAUGCUUGGAAGGAGACCAGGGCCCAGCAAUGAUGGUGAGAGAGAAGGCGUUGCUUUGAAGGACAAUCUCCUCCAGCACCUGUGGUGACAUGCUCCAGCCCUUAAAAAUUUUAACUUUAAGCUGCCCUAUGCAAGAGUCUUCAGUAGCACUGGAUUUCCCCAAUUCCUGGGUAGGCAGAGGCUAUAGGCUAUCAUUCUGGACAAUCUGGAGAAAACUGUGGCUGUGGGUAAAGUCAGAGAGACUAGCUGGCUCUAAGAGAUAAGGCCUGCUCAUAGGAUGUCCAUCCUGGGCGGAGCUGCGCUGGGCUGGGGGAGUUCUGAUCUUGACAUCUCUGGAAGUGGACAGCAGUUUCAGAAGAAGCAGGGUUUCCACAGGAGAAGAGAAAGCAAGAGGUCUUCGGUCAGCACGGUGAGUGGACGGUGCUUAAGAACUGUUUUCUGCUGUUAAGACAGAAGCCGCCGUAAACACACGAUACCAUCAGAUUCUAGCAGACUGGAAGGUUGAAGGUGUCUGUCCAGGUAACAUGGCCCAGAGCUUGAUUGAAGUGGAGCGAAAGUUUACUCCAGGGCCUGACACGGAAGAAAGGCUGCAGGAGUUGGGGGGCACCCUGGAGCACCGGGUCACCUUCCAAGACACCUACUAUGAUACUUCUGAGCUAAGCCUUAUGCGGUCUGAUCACUGGCUGCGACAACGAGAAGGUAGUGGAUGGGAGCUCAAAUGCCCUGGAGUAGCAGGUAUCUCAGGAUCCCACAACGAGUAUGUCGAGCUCACAUCGGAAUCGGCCAUUGUGGCCCAGCUGUUUGAACUGCUUGGGGCUGAGGAGCUUGGGACUGCAGGUGUGGCUGCUGUCUUGGGUUCCCUGAAGCUGCAGGAAGUAGCUAGUUUCGUGACUACGCGAAGUUCCUGGAUGCUGGCCUUGUCUGGAGCCAGUGAAGAGGAGCCGAAGCUCAGAGUGGACUUGGACUCGACAGACUUCGGCUAUGCUGUGGGUGAGAUAGAGGUCAUGGUACGGGAGAAGGGAGAAGUACCAGCUGCCCUAGAGAAGAUCUUCAGCUUCAGCACCCUGCUUGGAGUGCCAGCACAGGAGACUGCACCUGCCAAGCUCAUGGUAUACCUGCAGCGCUUCAGGCCUCUGGACUAUCAGCGCCUGCUCGAGGCAAACAGUUGCAGUGAAGCCACGGGGGACUCGACAUCCUGACAGUUUCUGGGAGCAGGGUUCACUCUCUAUAAGGGAAGGGAACUCUCUGAAGCUGUCAUCCACACCUGGACCCUCCGUGCCCUUCCCUUCCAACAGGGCCACUUUUGUCUCGGGUUCCGCCUGGUCUUUCACCCAUCCUCAGCUGCCCUUCUUUUGAGCCCUCCCUCACUGCCUCCCUCAUCCGUCAGAUGCAAUCUGUGGGCCGCCCCUCUCCCCUGGCCGCUAAGCAGCCUCCAUUGAUUUCCGCUCGUGUUUAUAGGAUUUCCACUUAGCUGUGAUCAGUAGUUAAGCACAGGAAAAUCCCUUGCCACCCCCCCUCCCGUGGUCGAUGCCAUUGAUUCUGCCAGCAGCUCUGAAGCCGCCUUACAGCUGAGUUAGAGAUGCGGGAAGCAGCAGGGAUUCCCCUGCCUUGGGGGGUAGGGAAUAGCAACAAGGCCAGGAACCGGCUGGGAACUUCUGUUAGAGAUCUGGAACUCUGCUGGGUCUGCCACUGUGCCCAGAGGGUAGAGUGCCCUAGGUGGCAGUUUAAAGACAAAUUUGCUCUCCAACCCAGAGACGGAGAGAAAGAAAAUCAUUGUUAAGACAGGUUCCUGGGGUCUCAGGAAGUCAUACAUCCUGUAGAGAAGGCUCUACCCUCGCUCCUACACAUUUUCUUUCUCACCAGGUCAAAACAUGCCUUUCUGCCCUGCUCAGCUUUCAUAGGCUGUCAGUCUCUCAGACUGUGGAGACAAACACAGGGCCAGAGUGCCACCUGCUGUUAGCCCUCAGGGCUUUUGUUCCCAGCUGAGGGUGCAGACGGAUUUCAGGUGAGCUGAGGCAGUUAGGAGGCAGCGUUUUAACAAUCUAGAACUCCACUUGGCUUAAGCCGCGCACACCUCUAUCUAACAGUGGAUGCAUUUGGCACCCUAGGAUCGUGACUAAGUCCCCACAUCCUUCUUACGGCGCAGGCGCACCUAGGGCCCCCACUGUACUCUACUGAGUGGCAUGUGUGUCCCACUUCGAACAAUGGAAUAAGUCUCUCCUCCCCCAACAGCCAUCAAAAACUCCCCUUGGCGGACAGUUUUCAUUCAAACAUUUCAGAACAUAUCCGCGUACAGAAGGCAGGGAGCUGAUUGGGCCUAGCUGGGUUUUGAGCGCAAGCAGAGUAAGGGAGACUGUGUCCUUUGGGUGAACUUUUAAGGAGAAUCCCCUAUUUAUCAUCCUGUGCCUAUGAAGAACGAGGAUAUGAUUAAAAAACCAGAUGCAUCAUGGGAAGGGUCAUGCACAGUGAGGAAAAGCUUACAGAAUCCAAGCCUGUCAAUCAAAAUAGAGAACCACUCAAAUUAUGCCACUUAGCAAUGAACUCCUUCCCCUAAGACCCCAUUAAAGAAGCACCAGGCAAUAACCCUGGGCCCUCGAGUUCUGUGGCCGUUGCUCUUUGCAAUGUAUUUAUGAUUUGUACCACCACCGCUUUUGAAUAAAGCUUCCUUGCUAUUUG